ACACACACACACACACACACACACACACACACACACACUCAUUCACCACCACGGAGGGACAGAGAGACGAGGGAGAAAAAGCAAGGCUCCUGGACAGACCAGCUCCCCCUUCCCCUCUCCGGAGAGCCCCUCACACUGGGACUGGCAUGGAGCCCUGAGGACGGUAGUGUGGGGGGUCGGCACCGCACCGCACCGCGCCACACCGCACGCCAAGAACAGGGUGACCUGCAGCCUGACUGACGUACAGAGGAGAGACACUGACAGAGAGAGAGAGAAAGGGAGCAGUGAGACAGAGAGAAAAACAGAGUAAGAGACUGUUUUUGAAUGUGUGGGAGAGAGAGACUGUCAAUUGAAGUGACGGCAAAAAAAAAGUUGAAGAGCCCGCUGAGAGGUUGGAAGAGAACAUCACUGUGACUGACUGCGAGAGAGGAGCAAGAGAAAGAGAGAAAGAGAGAGAGAGAGAGAGAGAGAGAGAGGGAGGAUGAGUGUGGGGAGGAUCAGCCGUUAUAGCAUCGUCUCCUCUGAGGAGGAUGGCCUCAAAUCUGACCACAAUGCCGCAGUGGCGGUGGCGGCAUGAGCAGCCGCAGCGGCAAGAUCCACCGCCCGGCGGAAAAGCCGCAACCGCUUCGUCAAGAAGAACGGCCAGUGCAACGUGCAGUUCACCAACAUGGACGAGAAGUCGCAGCGCUACCUGGCCGACAUCUUCACCACCUGCGUGGACAUCCGGUGGCGCUACAUGCUGGUGGUCUUCACGCUGGUGUUCGUGGUGAGCUGGCUGGCCUUCGGACUGGCCUUCUGGGCCAUCGCCCUCUUCCACGGGGACCUGGACAACCCGGCCGGGGACGACAACUUCACGCCGUGCGUGCUGCAGGUCAACGGCUUCGUGGCGGCGUUCCUUUUCUCCAUCGAGACGCAGACCACCAUCGGCUAUGGCUUCCGCUGCGUGACCGAGGAGUGUCCGGUCGCCGUCUUCCUGGUGGUCUUCCAGAGCAUCGUGGGCAGCAUCAUCGACUGCUUCAUGAUCGGCGCCAUCAUGGCCAAGAUGGCGCGGCCCAAGAAGCGCGCCCAGACGCUGCUCUUCUCCCACAAUGCCGUGGUGGCCAUGCGCGACGGCAAGCUCUGCCUCAUGUGGCGCGUGGGCAACCUGCGCAAGAGCCACAUCGUGGAGGCGCACGUGCGCGCCCAGCUCAUCAAGCCACGCGUCACCGAGGAGGGCGAGUACAUCCCGCUGGACCAGCUGGACAUCAACGUGGGCUUUGACAAGGGCCUGGACCGCAUCUUCCUGGUGUCGCCGCUCACCAUCCUGCACGAGAUCGACGAGGAGAGCCCGCUGUACGGCGUCGGCAAGCAGGACCUGGAGACCGCCGACUUCGAGAUCGUGGUCAUCCUGGAGGGCAUGGUGGAGGCCACGGCCAUGACGGCACAAGCUCGCAGCUCCUACCUGGCCAGCGAGAUCCUGUGGGGCCACCGCUUCGAGCCGGUGCUCUUCGAGGAGAAGAACCAGUACAAGGUGGACUAUUCGCACUUCCACAAGACCUACGAGGUGCCCAGCACGCCGCGCUGCAGCGCCAAGGACAUGGUGGAGAGCAAGUACCUGGUGCCGGCCGCCAACGCCUUCUGCUACGAGAAUGAGCUGGCCUUCCUCAGCCGAGAGGAGGAGGAUGAGGAGGAGCAGGAGAGGAGCCGGGCGGUGGGCGGCGGGAACGCGCUGCCCGGCAUCAGCCCUGACCGGACCAGCCGCCUGCAGACGCCGCGGCCCCACGAACAGAGGUCGUACCGCCGCGAGUCGGAGAUAUGACACCCUGACGACGCUAGGACACCCUGACGAUGGCCCCGCUCCUAGAGUCCGUCUGUGUGGCGUUUGUCUCGCGAGUCCAAAAACAAAACAAAACAAAACAAAACAAAACAAAACAAAACAUGCAGAACAAUGCAAAGUGCCAUAGAGGGGAGUUGGACAAGCACAGAGUGUGUGACAGAUACACUGGAAAAAGAGAAGGGCAGGUUGUCAUGGUGAGUAGGAGAACACACACAGGACACAGUGGACUGUGGGGACUAACGGGAGAGGACAGGAGAGAAUAGCCGACACUAUGAUGCACCAGGGGACGAGGGGGCCUGAAGGACACUAAUAAUCCUGCAAGGAAAACUUGAAUAUUUCCUCUGUUUUUUUCCAUGAAGGUAGUUUCGACACAUACAAGAACGUCUCUAGGUUAUGUAAAUAUAUCACAUAGAUAAGUUAUGUUUCGUGUGCAUUAGUAUUUUUAAAAAAACAUUUAAAAAUGUUUUUUUUUUUGUAAAAAAAAAGAUCAGUUCAAAUAACUAGCACAAAUGACUAGCAUAUUUAGUGAGCUUAAGGUGUUCUAGAGUUGGGAAAUGCUGGACGCAUAGACACAUACACAGACUCAGACACAAAACACAUUGCAUCACACACACACACCACAUUGCGACACACAGACACACCGACACACACACACAUGCAAAUAGUCACAUACUCUGAUAAUGCGCGUCACACACUCUCACACACAUAAACUCCUGAGAUCAGUGACACAUGAAAAAUCCCCUUUACUAAAAAGCCUGCCCUCCAGCAGAGGUGUGUGAGAUGAGGCGUGUGUGAGCGUGUGAGCAUGAGCGCCCGAGCGCGGGAUCUCAUUACGCAGGAAAAGGUGCAGAACGUUCACUAAAACGAAAAACCCUAAAAAACAAGACAGAGACAGCAGAGGGACCAUUAAUGCUGAAUUCUAAUUUCAUUGAGUCAUAUCCUACAACAUUUCAUAACAUUUGCACAAGGAAAUAUUGCACAAGCAUCUUUUUAAAUAACUUUGCUAAUAGCCACUAGACUUUAACAACACCCUAUCAGUUUUUCAGAUAACCUAGGUAUUAUCAUCACACUUGCAUAUGCAUUGCAUAGUAUUGAUUUUAUGAACUUAAAACAAAUGGCACUUGUUUUAAAACUUUUUUUAAAAAAGUGCCAGUAAACUACAGCAUGAGGAUGUGGAGGAUACAUUUGAUGAGGUGUAUUAUAGAUGGGAAGAACAUGUCUGGAGUUGGCUGAAAAUGUGAAACAGUGGGAGUACAGAGUGGUGGAAUCCUUAGCUAAUAAGACAAGGUUUAAAUCCUACCCCCAACUCCAUGAGAGAACAAUUUAAUCUUACUGAAUCACCACACUUAAUUUCUGUUUUCAGAUUUUGAUUGAAAAACUGAAAUGUCAAAUCCUUCCCGCCGACAUUUAAGUGAAAGUUCUGGGGCAGCUGUGCUAUUUCACCAGAGGCAGAGAGAUACAGAAUGAAUCUGGCUCUGCAGGAUUACAUUUGACGCUCUCAGAUGAGGAUUAACUGACCUUUUCAAACCUCGCUCAACCUCAACACCUUUCUUGAUUGUUGUGGUGAAGUAUACACAUUUAUUUAUAAACCACAGUAGCUCAUGUACAUUUAGAUUCUUACAGCAUGGUAUCAUCUCAGUGGGUCGUGAUAAUUAUUAGAGCUUAACCAGACAAGCCUAAAGCGUUCCGUCUUCUCCUGUGACAUAAGUGCUCUCGCAUGGCAUCAUUCAUUUCAAGAUCAAUACUCUCAAUACUAUUUACAUGAUCACAUGGGGAGCCUGCUUUCUUUGCACCGUGGAUAGGUUAUAUCAUUGAUAUCGGCCACUGGUUUUAGGCGCAGUGAGGACUCUAAAGAAAAUAGGCGGCCAUCUGUAGCCCCAUGCACAGUGGCCCUCCUCCAAUCCAUAUUUGCAUCUGAAUUUAGAGGCUGACUCAGUCCUGAUCAACACUACAGACAAAAGUGUUUUUCAGGCUUGCCUUUUUUUUUUUUACCAGAUUGUUAUUUUCGCCCUUUCGAAUGCUUCGUUUGUGUUCUAGACUCUGGUCUGGUCUUUUUGUAGUUUGAGUCGUCCAUUGAAUCUAUGCACAGAGUAAUCAGGGAGUUGAAACAGGAUGAAAUACUGCGAGACCAUAGGUCUCAAUAAUUCUGUGGCGCAAAUGCAUAGUACAGAUUCUUUAACUAAAAAAAACAUUAAUGUUGCAUUAUCAUAAAGGAAAUGUGGAAUGGAGAAGACCAAUAUAACUACAACCAUAAGAGCCUGAUGCUAUCUUUAAUGUUUAAAGAGGUCUAUGUUUAACUGAUGAUCAAGGCCCAAUGUCUAGUUUCCAUAACAGGGGACAGAUAGUCUUUAUUUGAAUGAUAUCAGUGCAGCUUCGUCUGUGGUAUCCCCGAAGUGUUCAGAGCAAACCAAGUGGCCUUUAAUUAAAGGAAAAUUCCGGUUUUUAGCACU